AGAAGGGAAUAUCUUUUUCUGUGUCUCUCUGUGAGUUAAGCGAGUUGCCAUGGAAGCAUUUCUCUCACUCUGAUACCCAAAGCUAAAUUCUCUCUUCACAUUCUUUUACUUUUUUUUCUUUUCUUUUCUUUUUGGUUCUCCAUAAAUACCAUCCAUCCCAGAGCUUCAUUCUUCUCUUCUCUCUCUGCUCCUCCUCCUGGGAUUGCACCUGCUCUCACUCACAAGUGGUGAGGAUGUCGACUCCUGCAAGGAAGAGACUGAUGAGAGAUUUUAAAAGAUUGCAACAAGAUCCUCCUGCUGGCAUCAGUGGAGCUCCCCAAGACAAUAAUAUUAUGCUUUGGAAUGCUGUCAUCUUUGGACCGGACGAUACCCCUUGGGAUGGAGGUACGUUUAAGUUGACACUUCAAUUUACGGAGGAUUAUCCAAAUAAGCCUCCUACAGUGCGUUUUGUCUCUCGAAUGUUUCAUCCGAAUAUUUAUGCAGAUGGAAGUAUAUGCUUGGACAUUUUGCAAAACCAGUGGAGCCCGAUUUAUGAUGUAGCUGCAAUACUUACCUCAAUCCAGUCACUGCUGUGUGACCCAAAUCCAAAUUCCCCGGCAAACUCUGAGGCUGCUCGGAUGUUCAGUGAAAACAAGCGCGAAUACAACAGAAGAGUACGUGAGAUUGUUGAGCAAAGUUGGACUGCUGAUUAAUUAUAAUCUUCAAUAGGCUGCCACUAAGUCUGUUAAAAGGUUGUCAACUGAUCUGAAGGAUCUGACUGAGUAACCUUGAGACUUGAAAAAAAGAACAGUUGUGUUGUCUCUCGUCCUUCACAAUGUGUUUACUCAAACUUCAUAUGAAUUAAGGUUGUAGUUAAAAGGUUGUCAAGGGGAUCUGAAUGAUUCAGUAACCUUGUGACUUUAAAAGAAUACUUAUAUUUCUGUGAUGAUGUGUUUGCUCAAACUUUAUAUGAAUUAAUAUUCCACCAUAUUUUCUCCA